AUGUCGUUGGAUAUUGAUGAUAUCUUAGCCGAGUUAGAUAGAGACACAACUGUUGUAGACAAUAUUUCUAGUGACAAUUUUCCCAAUGCCAAUAAUAAUAGACAUAAGCUGACAAAGGAUUAUAGUUUGUCCCCAAACUCUUCAUUAGAUACAACUACCGUUCCACAACAUAACAAUUCUAGUAGUGGGAAGAAAAAAGUUAUUUCAUCAAUUGAAGAUUUUAGUAAAUUAAUGACAUUAUGGAAAAAUGAACGAUGCUCACCUGAUUUAUUACCAUAUCCACAUCUUUUAAUGAAAAGAAUGCUAAUCCGUAUUCAAGAACAAAUGGAACAUUUAGAAAUUUUAUCAAUGAAUUUUUUUGAAGCACAAGGUAACAAUAGCUCUGAUAAUCGAAGAAAUAUGAGUAAUGCGCCUGUUAAUAAUAAUAAAAUGCUACCAUUACUUUGCAUGGAAGCCGAAUUGGAGAGAGUAAAAUUUGUUAUCAGAAGUUACCUUCGAUGUAGAUUAGCUAAAAUAGAUAAAUAUUCAAUAUAUUUGAGACAAAUUAAUGAACAAUAUCUAAAUGAGGAAAUAAAUGAAGAAAAUGAUGAUGAUGCUGAUGAUGAUGAUAAAGAAAAUCCUUCUUCACUAAGAAUUUCUCCUCUUGAAAAAUUACUCUCUCCAGAAGAAAUUAGAUACCAUCAAAGUCACUUCAGUUUGUUAUUAAAUUUAUUGAAUGAAAGUGUGUUAAAAUAUAUGCCCGAUGAACUGCAAGCCGUUAAUGACACUGAAGCAAGUAUAAACAUGAUAGAUGAACCUGAUUACAAUAAAUUUGUAUUCAUUAAAGUUAAAGGUCCUCCAAAUAAUUUAUAUGACACAGACCCCCUAUUAAAGAAAAGAACCCAUCCAGAUAUCUAUUAUUACUCAAUUACUAUACCUGAAACCAAAGAAGAUAUCGAUUUAAUUAUUGGUAGUAUAUAUAUUGUAAGAUACAGCUUGAUCAAAAAUCUUUUAUUAGAUGAAAAGAUAGAGUUAUUAUAA